CUUGCUUUGACUGCAUUAAAACUUUGAGACACCAUUUUCCAGUUUUCAAACAAACAAACAUACACACACACACACACACACACACACACACACAUGUGCAGUAGGGAGUGAACUGGUAAAGAAUUAAGAAAGAGAUGGGAAGAUCAUUUCGUUAAAUUGUAAUUAACAUUUGUUCAUAUUGUAAUAAACCUCUCUCUCUAUAUAUAUAAUUGUAAAGAGGUUUAACCAGAUGUAAGGAGAACAGAGGGUACAUCACACCAAAUUUUAUUUCUCCUCUCACCUCUCAUCUCUCCAUUAUCCUCCACUCCAGGUGAGUUUAUCAUUCCUGCCUUCAGUCAGGAAGAGAACAUGCUGUGGAAUGGUUCAGAUAGGCGGGGCCAAUGCCAAACAAAGAGAAACCCCCAGCAUUCAUCACAAUAUUUAGCCACGCCCACCCAAUUACAAUAUUGGAAAUACUGAUUACCAGAUAAAGCUUGCUAUGAGCUGGUCUCACUGCUCAGUCUCUCUCUCACACACACUCACACACACUCUCAAGACUUACUACGACAAAAUGGACCAGCUACUUCAAUUCAGCACACGCUUUUCAGCAGUGUUUAAGCACUUCGAAAAUAUCCGGUAAUCUCAAUUUUGUUGUUGUUGUUUUUUUUAAACCGUUUAUGCAUUUCCUCUGUAGUCGUGCGACCAAGUAAAGAUGAAGAAGAUCAAGAUUGUUUUUUUCUGUCUCUCUCAGGUGAACAUGGAGAACGUCAGCUGGCUGUACAGAACCCGAGGCAGGAGACGAGCUCUGGAGUCCAUGGCUCUGCUCAUUAUGAUCUCUCUGUGUGUGCUCCUGAUCCUGUAUAUCACCACGCCAGAAAAAUAUGACAAAAUCACAUCACCGAAGAUGGUUAGUCAGGCGCAGCCUCUAGUGAUGACGACUCCUAGGUGUGAACAAAACGUGUCAUUCGCUAACAUUAAGGAAUUUUCUACCUUUCCAACUGCUAUGCAGGACUUCCUGUAUUACCGCCACUGCAGGAAUUUCCCAAUGUUGCUCACCGUUCCUAACAAGUGCACCAUUCCAAAGAGGUCAGGAGAACCCUUUAUUCUGCUGGCCAUCAAAAGUUCACCAGAGAACUACGAACGACGUUCGGUCUUGCGCAAAACGUGGGCGGCGGAGAGACUACAGAACGGGAUGUGGAUCCGCACCGUGUUCCUGACCGGCACCACCGGGACAGGCUUCAAGAAGCAGAGGUUAAACAAACUCCUGAAGCUGGAGAACACGAGGUACCAGGACAUCCUGCAGUGGGACUUCGAGGAUUCCUUCUACAACCUCACGCUCAAGCAGGUCCUGUUCCUGGACUGGAUGCAGAACUGGUGUCCCACUGCAGAUUUCCUCUUUAACGGAGACGACGACGUUUUCGCCAACACGGACAACAUGGUGGAGUUCCUCAAAGAGCAGAGAGAUAACAACGGAAGCAAACACCUGUACAUCGGCCAGCUGGUCCUGACCAGCCCACCUGUUCGGAACAAAAACAGUAAAUAUUUCAUCCCGGAACUGAUCGAGAAAGCCAAAGUGUACGCUCCGUACUGCAGUGGAGGUGGCUACCUGUACUCCCGCUUCACUGCCAGGACCAUUCUCCAGAUGUCCAAGUCCAUCACCCUGAUGCCCAUUGACGACGUUUACAUGGGCAUGUGUCUGCAACGAGCCGGACUCCGACCCAUGAACCACCGUGGAGUCUUUGCCGACGGCCUCAUUAUUCCUUCUAACAAACUGGACAUUUAUGAUCCCUGCUAUUACCGUGAGAUUAUCCUCAGCCACAAAUUCUUCCCUCAUCAGAUUUUCCUUCUGUGGGAUGAAAUACAUCGGAAAGAUUUGAAAUGCUCAAAGAAAGAAGUUAAUCUGUAACACUUUAUUUAUUGUACAUUUUGAUAUGCUGAGAGUUUAUUCUGAGCAGCACCGGUUGUUCAGGUUUGUGCAUCACUGAAAUAAUAUGAAGAGCUGGAAUCUUUAAAUGGUAAUAUACAGCACGAAGAAUUUCACUUGUCCUUAUUUCCUUUUGUUUCCUCGCUGUACCUUGUCGGGUAACUGCCCCCUCGGACUGUAUAACUUUGUAUUAUUAUACCGUCUUAACGGAACGAUUAAAGGUUAUGGAAUAUUUACGUUUACUGCAGCUGUGGGGAAAAGUUUUAAAAAGGAUUUUUAACCUAACGUGAUCUUCAUCUGAGUUAGAAUGAUAAAUAAAUACUUAUUUAUUUGCCAGAAAGAGGCAUUAGUCUUAUUUAACAAACAACACAUUCAACAUUUUAAGUAUUUUGAGUUAACGAGAAUAAAGUCACUGUAGCCAGGUGAUAAACGACUGUCUGGUUCUGGAUGAAUCCUGUAUUUUGUAGCCAGGUGAUAAUCGUCGGUAUAAUGAGUUAAUUAUUAGUCAAACCUAUUAGCUUAGAAUAUAUGUCAUGAAGGCUGAUUGGCGUGUCUAAAGUGUCCGUAGUGUAUGAAUGGGUGUGUGAGUGUGUAUGUGAUUGUGCCCUGCGAUGGACUGGCACCCUGUCCAGGGUGUACCCCGCCUUGUGCCCCAUGCUUCCAUGUUCCCCCGUGACCCUAAAGAAGGAGUAAGCGGUAGAAGAUGGAUGGAUGGAUAUAUGUCAUGAAACCAGAGAAGGAACUCUGAACUACAGUUCCCAGCAGCCACUGCAUCACAGUCACAUGACCACCGGCACCUGAAUCACGUUCCUGGUAAUUGAGCACUCGUGUAUAUAACCACAGGUUGCACUGCACACUUUGUCUCAUGUUACUAUUUCUUUACCUUUGUCUCUGUAGUGGUGUUUUGUUCUUUAGUUUAUGUGUAAUCUUUGCCACAAUGUUUUUCCUCAUAGUCAUAGUGUCUUUGUAUUUUGUAUGGUUAUUUGGUUAUUUAUCAAACUUUUUAAUUCUGCACUUGCAUCUGUCUCAACCUCCCAUCAUGACUGAACGUGAGACCAUGAAUCUGGAUGCAGCAGAAUUUUUCAGCGUCCAAGAGUCCCUGUACGAGAGGGAGAAGCCGAACUCCCACCCUCCCCCACUGUGGAUCUCGUCCAGCAUGCCGAGUCGACGGAGAACGUAAUUCAACCUCCUUGCUCGUCUGAGGACGCCGCUCAGUCACCCUGUUUUCUAACUGAAAGUUAUUUAAACCCUAAAGUAAGCACACUUGGUUCAGCUAAUCAAUUAAUUAUUUUUUUUUUUAAAGCUGAAUAAAGUGCACCAAGAUUCCGACUGAAGAAAGUAUCGGUUAGAAGGUUGCAAAUGAGAGCUGUUUAACACACACUCAUGCACUUCUCCUUGGUUACAGUAGAAGUGUUUAUAGCAAAAGUCUACAUGAGAGAGAUUUACACUAACAAGUUUAGAGUAGAAUUUGUUACACUAGAAAUGUUUAUAGCAAAAGGUUUACAGGAGAAAAGUUUACAGUAAAAAAAAAGUCUACACAAGAAAUGUUUAAGUUAAAGUUUUACAUUAGAAAGAUUUACAGUAAAAAGUUGUGUAGAAAUUGUUACACUAGAAAUGUUUACAGCAAAAGGUUUACAAUAAAAAAAAAGUCCUCGGUGGAGCCACGUCCUCAGCAGAGCAAGGAGGCUGAGCGAUGUCCUCGGCUGCGCAGGGAAGCGGAGCGACGUCCUCAGCGGAGCAGGGAGGCGGAGUGGCGUCCUUGGCUGUAUAGGGAUGCUGAGCGGCGUCCUCAGUCACGCAGACAGGCUGAGUGUCGUUCUUCACUCUACUGGCUGAACUCGGUUGGCUGUGUCACCAGACUCAGAUGUACACAGAGCUUGGUUGGCUGUGUCAUCAGUCUCAAGCUUGAGCAUAACUUGGUUGGUCAUGAUGUCUGCUUCAAGCAUGAGGAGAACUUGGUUGACUGUGUCAGCAGACUCGGCGUGAGCUGAAUUUGGUUGGCCAUGCUAGCAGACUCGGGUGUAAACAUGGUUUGAGAGGCCGUCUCUUCGACCCCAGACUGGAACUUCCCGUGGGAGGUCACCUUGUCGACCCCGGACUGGAACAUGGUGUGGGAGGUCAUCUUGUCAACCACGGACUGGAACUUGGCGUGGGAGGUCACCUUGUCGACCCCGGAGUGGAACUUAGCACAGGAGGUCACCUCAUCGACCCCGGACUGGAACUUGCUGGUGGAGGUCGCCUCGUCGACCCCGGACUGGUACUUGGAGCGGGAGGUCACCUCGUCGACCCCUUGCUGAAACUUGGCAUGGGAGGUCGUCUCGUCGACCCCUAGCUGGAACUUGGCACGGGAGAUCGCCUUGCCGACCCCUAGCUGGAACUUGCCACGGCAGGCCGUCUCUUCGACCUUGGACAUGAAUGUAUCUUGGGAGGCCGUCUCUUCGACCUUGGACAUGAAUGUAUCUUGGGAGGCUGUCUCUUCGAUCUCAGACAGGAUUGUGUCUUGGGAGGCCGUCUCUUCAACCUCGGACAGGAAUUUGCCUUUAUGCUGGAGCUCUGGAGAUGAGACAACCUCAUGGGUUUCGUGAUGGAGCUCUGGGGAGGAGGUUGCCAUGUUGACCUCCGACGGGAGUUCAGCAGGUGAGACCACCUCGUGGGUCUCAGUCUGGAGCUCUGGAGAUGAGGUCGCCACUUUGACCUAUGGCAGGGACUGGACUCCCAAAUGCCUUUAUCAAUAGUUCCCACAAACUGAGUUACAUUGUGAAGUCCCUUGGAUUCUGUACGGGCCAGACGCUCCGCCCACUGGUGGGCUUGGUCAACCAGCCAGUAGAGUAUGAACCCCAGCCACUGCCUCUGGUCAGGCUUAGGGUGCACCAGGCUCCAUCCAUCCAUCCAUCUUCUACCGCUUACUCCUUUUCAGGGUCACGGGGAACCUGGAGCCUAUCCCAGGGAGCAUCGGGCACAAGGCAGGGUACACUCUGGAUGGGGUGCCAGUCCCUCGCAGGGCACAAUCACAUACACACUCACACACCCAUUCAUCAAUAAAUGUAAUGGGCAGUCGAAAAGACAAUACUCAGGGUAGCCAAAAAAUCCAUCGUAUGGCUCUGGGGGAUCUAUGGAACCCAUUGAGGAAGCUUGUUAGAGUUGUGUCUUGGUUGGGUGUUCCUUACUACCUUGGCAUGAUGUCUCCUUCGCUUUCCUGCUGCUUCCAAGUAUGGUCUCAUGUAAUGGAGGCUGAGACAGAAGCAAGUGCACGUAUGGCAGUUUAAUGAAACAACAACAAGUCCAAAGGAUCAGGCAGAAAUCAAUAAACAAAGACAGGCAGAGGUCAGGCAAACAGUCCAAACAAGGCAAGGCAAAAAGGCGAGGUCAAAAACAAGAACAAGGUCAAAACCAGAAUCAACAAGCAUGGUAUCAAGGCUUGGUAACAACAGAGACAGGCAAAUAAGUGUAUACUACACAAAGAGUGAAUGCAUAGAAUGUCCUUUCAAACUGUGGCUGUGAUUGUGCUGUGAAUUGGAUGCAGGUGUGCAUGAUUCGAAUGAAGGCGAUUGUUCUGGGAAUUGCGGUCCAUGGCAUCCAUAUUUGUAGGCCGCAGUGCAGGAUGGGAAAUGUAGUCACUGGUUUGCUGUGAUAUGACACAAACAAAAUAAAUCAAAAUUAGUACUUUGUUGCUUCUCCUCGGGCUUUUAUGAUGGCCUGGAUUCUUUGAGGGAUGGACUUCACUAAAGAAAAACAAUAUUCUCCCUUAAGCUGCUUCUAACUUUCCCGAAUAGCGGUUAAUAGAUCAGCUUUGCAGGAUGGAGUUGUCCUAGUAUGUUAAAUAUGUUGGUAGGAUGAGGGUUAAAACCCAAAGGACAGUAGCAAGCAAUAAACCAGAGAGCAAGUGGAGAAUUACCCACGGGUCUAUAUGCAACAAUGUGUACAUUUGUGGUUUAUGUGAAUCUUUGUUUCUGAAAUUACUUUUGUGGUAAGUAUAAGUUUGUGUAACUAAUCUAUCAGAAAAUACUAAACCUGGAGACUGAAUGUGGUAGAUGUGUUAGAAUUGUGGACAUUUUAUGCAUGUGUAGCUACCUAUGUGUAUGAUUUAUGUGUAAUCCUUCUGUCAAGAAAUGAACAACGUGAGGUUUUUUAAAUAAUUGAAAUAUUUAUUGGCUACAUUGCCUGCACAAGGACAUGUCUUUGCAACUGUAAGUGACGAGUCAACUUGAUCCUUCACAUGGUAUUCAUAAGGUGCCAUAAGUUUCUGCUACUCUAUGGAUCAUGCUGAAGUUUGAACAAAAUGGUUUGACUUAAUAUCUGCAGCAGUAGUGUACAAAUCAUUUCUUCCUCAUUUGUUUAUUAACUUUUAUUGUAUGCCUAAAUGCAAUAAAAGUUUUUUGCCAGAGUCAGAUGCUCCUAAACAAAUUAUUAAAUUUAGUUAAUGAAUAAAGUAUGAGUUUGUAACUUAUCAACAAAGACUGUACUAUCAUUUCUAAUAUAAUGCAUUUAAUAUAGACAAUCUUUUCACUGAAAUAUUUGAGGGUUUGUUUUUUUUUACACUAGUUUACACUAAAUGUCUAAUAUUCUGUUCUGUUGGAAAUAUGCCUUAACUGUUCAAUUAAUUUGGAACCUUUAAAAAUAACGUGCCUGCUUCUAUACCUUUAUAGUGUUAUAGUGCUUAUAGUGUAUAUGACUGCUCAGUGUCAUAAACCCAUACGAGGAAAUAAAAAGUAAUCAUUUUGACUCCAGAUCAGGAGUGGGUAAAGACAGACUGGUGAUCUGAUCUAUAUUAUAUAUACGUACCUUAGAUAAUGCCUAUCUGAGGACCAUGUUGGAAUGUUCCCAAGUCAAAGUACUGUAGAACUCCUAAGCAUUAGCUCACCACAAUUACUCCUGUAUACUCUUUCCAUGCCAUCGUGCUCUUUACCUGACAAAGACAUUCACAAAACAUAUCUGACAGGUGGGUCUAAUUCUAAAAUCACCAGAUACCAAAUGUACAAAAGUUUUGUCUUGCUGCCACCACAAAAUAAAAAUGUUUAAACCUUAA